UGGCGCGGCUGCAGGGCCGCGAGUUCGAGUUCCUCAUGCGGCAGCCGGCCGUCACCAUAGGCCGCAACUCCUCGCAAGGGUCGGUGGACGUCAACAUGGGGCACUCCAGCUUCAUCUCGCGGCGGCACCUGCAGCUCAGCUUCCAGGAGCCGCACUUCUACCUGCGCUGCCUCGGCAAGAACGGCGUCUUCGUGGACGGCGCCUUCCAGCGCCGCGGCGGCCCGGCCCUGCAGCUCCCGCCGCAAUGUACUUUCCGAUUCCCCAGCACAGUUAUAAAGAUCCAGUUCACAUCUUUAUACCAUAAAGAGGAAGUAAAAGAGGAAACCUCAUCGCCUCCCCCUCGGCCACUUUACCCUCAAAUAUCACCUCUGAAGAUCCACAUCCCGGAGCCGGAUCUCCGGAGCGUGGUCAGUCCCCUCCCAUCCCCCACAGGCACUAUCAGUGUUCCCAACUCUUGCCCGGCCAGUCCACGUGGUGCUGGAUCCUCAGGAUAUCGUUUUGUCCACAACAUUACCUCGGAUCUGCAGCUGGCAGCAGAGUAUGCGGCAAAAGCAGCCUCAGAGCAGCAGGCAGAUGCAUCUGGCGGGGACAGCCCAAAGGAUGAGUCCAAGCCACCCUAUUCUUAUGCUCAGCUAAUUGUGCAGGCUAUAUCUUCAGCACAGGACAGGCAAUUAACACUAAGUGGGAUCUAUGCCCACAUUACCAAGCAUUAUCCAUAUUACAGGACUGCUGACAAAGGCUGGCAGAAUUCCAUUCGGCACAACCUCUCCUUGAACCGUUACUUUAUUAAAGUCCCACGCUCCCAAGAGGAGCCUGGAAAGGGCUCCUUUUGGCGAAUUGACCCUGCCUCUGAAGCCAAACUAGUAGAACAAGCAUUUAGAAAACGAAGGCAAAGAGGAGUGUCCUGCUUCCGAACACCUUUUGGGCCUCUCUCCUCCAGGAGUGCUCCUGCCUCCCCUACUCACCCUGGCCUGCUGUCCCCUCACUCUAGUGGCCUACAGACUCCAGAGUGCCUGUCACGGGAGGGCUCACCCAUUCCACAUGAUCACGACUUUGGGUCAAAGUUAGCCUCAGUUCCGGAAUAUCGGUAUUCCCAGAGUGCACCUGGGUCUCCAGUGAGUGCCCAGCCAGUGAUUAUGGCUGUUCCUCCCCGACCAUCUACCCUGGUGGCAAAGCCAGUGGCGUACAUGCCAGCAUCAAUAGUGACUUCUCAGCAGCCUUCCUGUCACGCAAUUCACGUAGUUCAACAAGCUCCCACUGUUACCAUGGUCCGAGUUGUGACUUCCUCUGCAAACUCCGCAAACGGAUACAUCCUCACAAACCAGGGCACAGCAGGAGGAGCUCACGAAGCUGCAGGAGCAGUGUUGGACUUAGCUGGUGACCAUCGAGGAAUGGAUGAAAAGCCAACGAUCGCGUUUGCCGCGAUCCCCACAGCCAGCCGUGUCAUCCAGACCGUCACCAGUCAGAUGGCACAGGGUGUCCCUGGGCAGACAGUCACGAUCCUUCAGCAGGCAGCUCCAGUGGCCAUCGGGCAGCACCAGCUCCCGGUGCGGGCGGUCACCCAGAACGGCAAACACGCCGUGCCCACCAACAGCAUCGCCGGCAACGCCUACGCUCUUACAAACCCACUGCAGCUCCUUGCAGCCCAGGCCAGCUCGUCCACUCCUGUUGUAGUCAGCCGGGUCUGCGAGACAGGGACCGAGGAGACGGCAGCAACCUCUUCCAGUGAACCUGAAGUGAAAAGACCCCGGAUAGAAGAGCCCAGUGGAGCAGUCCCAGCCCAGACUGGAGUCAUCACAUCUGCAAUGCCACAAGGACAGGCAACCAGUGAAUGAAGAACCGGUGGGAGGAGCUGGAGUGAUGCGGGGUGGGCAUGGGAUGGCAGGAAUCCUAAAGCAGCUUUCACAGGAAACAAACCACAACUGUAACAGCUCAAAACAUAGCUGAUAAACAGCUCCUUUUAAAGUCAGAUUUUUAAAUGGGAGGACAACAGCUGUUAGAGUCACAAGGUGCCAAAAAGAAUGGAAAACCCCUCCCAAGAACCCAUAUCUGGAACUCUGUUCUGUCUUUACCUAUGGGAUAUUUUUUCCUUUUUUUUUUCCUUUUUUUUUUUUUAAAAAAGAUUCAAAAAAAAAUUACAGACAACUGAUUGUAUGACUGCUGGGAUAUUUUUAACUGUCUUUUCCCCUUUUGGCUCCAAGGGGAUGGGAUUUGCAGUUCAGCAUCUAAAGGAAUGUAAUACAAAUACAGUCUGCUCCCUGGAAAGAAAACUCCUCACGUUCUAUGCCUUAAUACCGCGCUUCUGAGAGCUUUGAACCAUAGGACCAUUUCAAUAAGGUCACCUAAGGCAAUCAAAUGCUGAAAGAUGGGUGCAGUAUCUCACAACAACAUUAAAGAAACAUGGUACCAAGCUUAAAGAAAAAGGCAAAUGAUUCUGUUUUUUUAAAACAGAAAAAUUCUGAAUAUGAAUGCUUAUUUAUAUGGGGAUUCAGGAGGAAGAGUUACAGGGCUCAGCCACCUGGAUUUCCAGAUGGAAUUUCUCUCCAUUCUCUCUGAGGGAGAAUAAGAUGACAGAGGAACUGUAUUAACUUGGUUCCUGUAAAGAUAUUAAAAACACAAAGGGGUUUGUACCUUCACCGAUUUCUUACAAUUAUUCAUCACUUGCUUUGGACAACAGCCAAAGUGAUGCCUGAGGAUCACACUGGGGAAGGGUGUCUCCACAGGUUCUGUGUGCAUUUGAUUGAUCACAUCUUGUGCUGGAGCUUUGGUUCACAACAGCACUGUAGGUGAAGGCAUGGCCACUGUCUCUGUGAACUUGAAAAAACAUUGGUUGGUCUUCUGCACUAAAAGCAGUCUCCUUCACCUCCCGUUGGUGGUGUGGUCCUCAGCUCCAUGGCCGAUGGUGAGGAAGCCAGGGCUGGGUAGGAGGCUCUCCUGCCCCUCUGCCAUGGCAAACAGCAAAGCUCCUGUGUUACUCUUUGGAGAGGGAAGUUGAGGGCUGGGAUGAGAGGUAGCAGAAGUCAUACAGUGUUUCAUACAAAUUCUGUAACGGUGUAGAGACCAAGGCAAAAGACUUCCCUUUUAUUUUAUGGCAAAAGCCACUGGAGGUCUUAAACAAUUUUUCCCAAAGGAAUUUGGAGGAUUCCUUUCAUCGCUUGGCUCCCUCUCCCAUCUCUCCUGCCUUGAGAACCUUCACCGGUAGGAGGAGGCUUUUACUCAAACAGUAUUCCAGCCUCCUCAUGUAGUACAAGGAUGUCUUAUCAGGAAAGCAGAUUUGACUCACUUCAGCCAUGUGGAACAGUGGGUGCAUGUGAUACCUUGUGACUGGCAAAGAAAUCAACCCCUGCCUGUAGCCUCCAGCAAACCCCUUUGGUUUUAUACCCAUUUGCUGUCCUCUUGGCUAACAUGUCUUCUGGCAGCACAGCAGAGAUCUUUUAAUUCAGCAAGUGUUACAGCUUUGGUAAUGGCAAAAGAGACUUAAGAGGGGUGGGCUGUACCUCUGGUAGGUUAUCCCCCAUCUGUACUAAUUUGUUGUCCAGUUGCUGU